UGUGGUGAGAAAUUAUGAUGCCCAAAGAAGAACAGUACACAGUCGGUUAGCAUUUAACCAUCGAGAUUCGAGGGAAGGAAAUGUUGAUGCUCCGGCGCACGUUGGCCAAUUGUCGGCGACGGACGGCAGAGUAAAUCUUUAUACGGCUUCUAAAGCUUCCGGUGCACGUUACCUCCGCCGUCCAACGACCACGGAAUCGCCGGGCGCGGCCGGGCUCUCAGUCCGAUUCCCUUUGUUGUAAUCGCCUGCAGGCGGCCGGACACGGCGCACAAUAGCGCGGAAAAUCUAAUAAUUGUUGGUUAGUUGUGUAUUACCAGCGAAACGAAAAUAAUUGUCAGAGCAAAUAGAGAAAAAGGAACAAACGACUUGGCCGUGUACUGUUCUUCUGAAAAAGCAAAUUACGGAUUUGGCGAGAAGAUCCAUCGGAUCGAUCUGCUUCGAGGGUAAAGAAAACUGCGGAGGAAAGGCGGUGAAGUUUCUUCCAUUUUUGAGGAGAUAUGGUGGUGGGAUGAAGGUGAAGAAGAAGGGAUAUGGCGAGGCUAGAGUGGGGUUAUCAAGGAAGAGGUAAAUGGGCGUGUUCGUACAAGAAAACCACUCUCAUCAUUUGCUCUAUCAAUAUAAUCGUCGCUCUCUAUGUUCUUCGAUCUCUAUAUGCUUCCGUCUACCUCUAUUCGGACAACGAUUCACGAAGUGUUGUAAAGUAUACUCCGGAUCAGAUUAGGAAAAUGGAAGAGUUUAUUCUUGUUCGCAAGGCAUCUGAACCGGUAGAGCUUAUUAAAUUGGUCAAGGAGCUUAAAGAAUUCUCCCAGGAAAACACGGUAGAUGAAUUACCCAAUCCAUUGAAACAGAAGAUUACUGAGGAAAUUCUUCUUAUGUUGAGAAGCUCGAAUGCUAGCUCAAAUAUUACUCAGCAGAGAGAAGCAGUAGAAAGCUGGAGAAAGGAAAAAUUGGAAGAAGCAAGGAGGCUGAUCACAGAUCAAACGAUCGAAAAUCCAACUCUUUCUUUUGAAGAUGCUGGGAUUCUUGUAAGAGCCUUGGAUACUCAUUGGGAAGUGCUGUCUGAAGCAAUUGGCCUGUGGAUACCUGCGGAGAUCUUCAACAGGGAACAUGAUGAUAAGCCAGAGGGCAUAGAUGAAUUGGAUGACGAAAUUUUGCCUGGCAGACCACUUCCGCUCGAAUGUAAUGCUGAGCUCCAUACAGAUUACGAUGGUGCCGCAGUUAGAUGGGGCCUUACUCAUCAUAAAGAAAGUGCAGCUGAUUGCUGUCAGGCUUGCUUGGAUCAUGCAAAACGUGCACAACCAGGCGAUAGGAAAUGCAACAUUUGGGUUUAUUGUCCUUCUGAGUCUGGCUGCCACUCUCCUGACAUCUACGAACACAAACAUAUGGAGUGCUGGCUCAAAUAUGCAGAAAAGCCCAAACUGAAUUUCAAGACCAACUAUCCUCAGUCUUACAGAAACACACACCCGACUGCGCCACUGGUCGUCCCUUGGGUCUCUGGUGUUGUUAGUUUUUAAUUGUACGACAAAUCAGGGAAGGAAUUUCCACUAAAACGUUUACAACUUACCUUGUCUUUCUUACAUUUGAGCAUCAUUGUCCCUAGAGUUGCCAUGAAUGAAAAUUUUGAGGGUUGUUAGGUGUGUAGGUGACUAGCGGUUGAUUGAAUAUGUUUGUUCGAGUGAGGUCUGCCUUAGUCUCAUGUAACACGGGUUUGGCGAUCCUGGUGCCCAUGACUUCAGAUUAUAAGUCUGGCACUGAGAUGAGAUAGAAUUAACGUGCUCUUUUGUUGACUAUUAACUUUUGAAAUUGAUUCAUUACGCUCAGGAUGUCAAUUCCUGAGCUCUCAGAUUA